UAGAGCAAUGGUGCAGCUGCGAAAGACUCGAGGUUGAAGCCCGAUAUUCUGGCACAGAUGGAUGCUUCGAAACGGAAACCUAAGCUCUACAAUUAGGCCCAGCUUGUUCCUCGUGGUGCCACCGCUUAAUUCCUGUAUUCCGUAAAUGGCGCAUCAGAUGGGACCCGCGCGGGGUGUGAGAUCAUUCAAGUUCCAACUUCCAAGGCAGGGGUUGCGCUUCUCGAUACUGCGUCGCCUUCUCUCCCGGAUUCCACCAUUCCGAACAACCUUGACCUUCAGAUGAGAAAUAUGAAUGUGUCGUCAUAACUUACCUAUCGGAAUAACCAGGGUAGAAUCAAAACAAGCCAUCGCACUAGUGCUGGAUGACAAGAAAUCGAUCCUGCAUCCCGACCGCCGAGCGUGAUCUCGAGGUGGACUGCAAGUAUGGGCUACGAUUCGCAAAUAUCCUUUACUUUGGACACAAUAUGUCCCUGGACAUACCUCGCCAAAAAACGUCUGGACGCGGCUUUGGAUCAGUAUCGCACCGCUCAUCCCGACUCAUCAGUCCGGUUUAGUGUGAAAUACCUCCCAUUUCAACUCUAUCCGGAAGUAUCGAAGGAAGGUGAAGGCAAGUACGAGUGGUACAAACGGUCCAAAUAUGGCGAUUCAGACGAGAAGAUGCGGAUGUAUACCACUAUCAUGAGUGCGUAUGGACGGAGCGUCGGGAUCGACUUCAAGUUUGGAGGCACCGUCGCCAAUACUCUGGAUGCCCACCGUUUAAUACAACGGUACCAAGAGGUCCGAGGGCCUGACUGUGCGGACAAACUAAUCAAUACUUUGUACAUGCUGUAUUUCGAGAACGAGGAGCAUCCUAGCUCCCUGGACACCCUCCUCAAGGCAGCGAAGGAAGCGGGGAUACCGGAGGAUGAAGCGAAGGCGUUCCUUGAAGAUGAGUCCGAAGGUCUCCAAGAGGUCAAGAAGUUGAUGCAGGAACAGGCGAGGAAUGGAACGGAUGCAGUGCCAACUGUCGUGUUUGAAGGCAGAAAGCGCGACUUCACGCUGGUUGGCGCAAAGGAAGUUCAGGAAUAUUUCAAGACGAUGGAGCAGGUCGCAAAAGAAGCUUGAGAUAAUAUGCUUGAUAUAGCAAGAAUCGAUGAUUCAACGCAGGCUGAUGCGAAUCAUGAACAGGUAUAUAAGAACCGCGCACUUCCCUCGCUGGCACUGAAGGUGGGGGAGUGUUCGUGGAUAUGAAGACGCCAUUCCAUGUCUCCACCAUUUCUCAAUGGCCGAUAUAAAUCUCAUAGAUAUAUCAUGUAUAGGUGUAGAAUGAUGG